AUGCACGAUCCCAUUUUGUUGUUUUCCUUCAUUCUUCUUUUCAUCAUUUUCAUAUCAUCCUUAAUUUCUCUCCGUAAAACACUUCUCAAAAACCCAAAACCCAUCUUGACCCGCAACCCGGAAACACCCGACCCGACUCUUCUCUCGCUAACUGAUUCUCAAAUCCCUCAACCCGAAGAAGAUGAACCGAUUCCAAAUCUCGUUUCUGAGAUGGCACCCUCGUGUACAGUACAAUCGACUGCAGCAUUUUCCGAUGAUGACUCGAACCAGUCAUUGGGUUCGGGUCAGGAUGAAUUGAAGCAGAAAAAGAAGAGGAAAACCAAAAAGAAGAAGAAGGUAACAUGUUCCGGGACUGAAGAUGAUGAUGGCGUGGAGAGAGAAAUUUCGGGUUCUGAUACCCGACCCGAAUCAGUUCGUUUGGACCCGUUUAGUUCUUCGAGUAGUGCUAUGCAGAAGAAAAUCAAACCGCAGUAUGAUGAGCUUGUUAAAUGCAACGACUCUAACAAAUUGACACUCUCACAGGUUGUGCAAUUUGCAAAUAGUUUGGUUGCUGCUAGGAGUGAGCUGCAACACAAGGCUGAUGUGACACAACGCAAGUUUGUGAUAACAAAGGCUUUACUAUGUAAAGCAGACAGAUCGUCUAUCAACAGACUUCGACAACAGAUAUACAAGCUUGAAUUAGAGCAAAAACGAUUAGAAGAGGAUGCUUUUGUUUAUAACUGGCUUCAACAACAGCUUAAACUUUCACCAGCAUACAAUAAGAUGCUUGAAAUUGGAGUUUCCAUGGAGAAGGAAAAAUCCUGUAAGAUGGGUGAGAGAAGAGAUGAUGAAUUUUCUGACAUUUGUUUUGAAGAAUUAUUAGCACAAGAAAAGAAGGAUUCGUUUUGGCAAAGAAAUGGGAAAUCAAAACAAUGGUCAGGCUAA